AAAAGUCCCUCAUCCAGCUCAUGCGUAGCGGCAUGUCGAUCAUCUAGGGGAUGCCGUAGGUCCCAAGUGCAGAAAUAUAGGCUGUCUACUUACACGCUUGAUAAAGAGGCUCGACUUGAAAAAUCAUUUACGUGUCUGUUGUGUUUUUUCAGUACCCCUUACAAGUACUAAACUAAAAUAAUAAUCUGUAUUCUAAGCAUAGUUGGAAGAAGAAUAAUCCUUAUAUUAUUUAAAGCUCGGACACUUGUUUCUCUUUCUAUAUCUAGCCAAUAUAUGUACUUGCCAUUCAGUUUACCAUUUUUCUAAAUAGAGCCAUGUCUGAAUCUGUACAGCUUCCUGUCUUGGACAUAUCUAAGCCUAUAUCUUCAUCUUCUUUUUCGUCUCUCUGUCGUGCAUGUCAAGAAUGGGGUUUCUUUCAUAUAACCAAUCAUGGAAUCUCGAAAGAUCUGUAUAGCAUAAUUUACUCUCUGUCUACACAACUCUUUAACCUUCCAAGAGACUCUAAACUUAAUCUUGGUCCUUCAACAAUUGUGGAAACCUAUACUCCUCAUUUUAUAGCUUCUCCAUUUUUUGAAAGCUUUCGUGUAUCUGGACCUGAUUUUUUUGCUUCUGCUAAGAGUUCAACAGAUAUUCUCUUCAACCCUCCGAGUUCUGAAUUUAGUGAGUUAAUUGAAGAAUAUGGAAACAAGAUGACAGACAUAUCAAAGAGAAUCAUGGCGAUUGUAUUGAAUUGUUUAGGAGAUGGUUUUGUAAAGAAGUAUUAUGAACCUGAAUUCAGUAACUGUCACGGGUAUCUGAGAAUAAUCAAUUAUUCUCCGCCGGAGGUUGUGAAAGAAACAGAAGAAAUCGAAGGACUCGGAAUGCAUACAGAUAUGAGUUGUAUAACCAUUGUUUAUCAGGAUCAAAUUGGUGGACUUCAAGUAAGAUCAAAACAAGGAAAAUGGAUGGAUAUAAAUCCUUGUGAAGAUACAUUGGUUGUGAAUAUAGGUGACUUGUUACAGGCCUGGAGUAAUGGACGAUUAAGAUCGUCAGAACAUAGGGUCAUUCUUAAAAGACCGGUAAACCGUCUUUCUUUAGCCUUUUUUUGGUGCUUCGAGGAUGAUAAGGUGAUAUCAGCACCUGAUGAAAUUGUAGGAGAAGGAAAACCUAGACUGUACAAACCUUUUGUUUGCUUAGAUUAUCUGAAAUUCAGGCAAAGUAGUGAGAUAGGAAAAUUUGAGAAAGUUGGUUUUACCGCGAAAGAUUUUGCAGGUAAUGAAAUUUUAGGGUAACUUUUGAUGCGAUUUUUGUCUCAGUAUGUGUGUGUACAUAUAGAAUAGGUACAUAUUACGAAUUCAUUUAUUUUUCUGCAAUUCGCUAUUUGCCCUGAUUCUGUGUAAAAAUGUGUUGUUACGUUUAUCGGUCCUUAAAUGGUGAAUGUGGGGUGGUGUCUGGUAGGGUUAUGGUUUUAAAUACUAUUGGUUGGUAGAUUUG